AUGGCUCACAAUUCCCCCAAUUACGGCUGGCAACACCGCUCGCCGCAGCCUCUACACCCUUCUUCCAUGGCCAUGGAUCAACAGAAUUUCUCGCAACCUCAUGGCCUACCUUCACAUCCCGGGUACCAAGUCGGAUAUUCCUCUCACCACUCGGCUUCACAGAGCUACUACCAACCAGGGCCCCCAUCAUCUCAAUACCUCUAUUCACAACACCCGAAUGCCUCACAGAACCGUCAUCACCCUAGAAGUGCUUCCAUACCAUAUUCGUUUCCGAGCACCUCGGUUCCCACAAGCUCUUCGCCAAUGCCUGAACACAUGUUUACCUCAUCCCCGCCGUCUUAUCUCGUCAACCAAUCAGAAUACUACUUAGCACAAGGUUCUUCAAUCUCUUCAAACACUGGAUCGAUAGCCGCCACCCCUCAACCACAGCCGCUUAUGUCCUCGGGGACAGUCUACUCAUCACCCGAUUCUGCUCCAGCAUCUACGGAUCCCGAACAGCAGGUUCGAGUCAUCAGUUUCCGGCCGAAACCACAAUGUUGGGAUCACGGAUGCAAUGGGCGCGAAUUUUCGACUUUUAGCAACCUGUUACGCCACCAACGAGAAAAAUCAGGUGUCGUGGCCAAGGCGGAAUGCCCCAGUUGUGGUGCUGUCUUUACACGAACAACAGCGAGAAAUAUCCACGUUGCUCAAGGCAAGUGCAAGGGCAUUGGGAGAGACGCCUCGAGUCGUUAG